GGAGACAAUGAGAUUGGAUUUGAUUGACCCGCGUGCAUCACCGUACUACUGUGACGCUGAUAUUGUAGUAUUUGAUUCAUGGCAUUGGUGGGUUAAAAAUAAAGUUCAAAAUGGGAAAAACUACUUUCAAGAAGGUGAUUAUUUGCACCCACACCAAGAGAUUAGUAAAGCAUACAAGAAAGCUCUUACUACCUGGAGGAAAUGGAUUGACAAGAACAUUGAUUCUAACAAAACUCAAGUUGUUUUCAGAGGAUAUUCAGUUUCCCAUUUCCACGGAGGUAAGUGGAACACUGGUGGAAUAUGCAACAGGGAAACGGAACCAAUCGCGAGCAACGAAACAUACAGGGCGAAGAAUCCUUUACAGGUCAAAAUAUUAGAAGACACAUUACGAAGAAUGAAGACUCCUGUGUUAUAUCUGAAUAUCAGUGAACUUUCUUACUAUCGAACCGACGGACACCCUUCAUUGCAUUUACAAUACUCAUCUGAUCAAGAAAGGACUGAAUUCAAGAAACAUCAAGAUUGUGUUCAUUGGUGUUUGCCCGGUAUACCGGAUACAUGGAAUGAGUUGUUGUAUAUUUCUCUCAUGAGGAUUGGUAAAGGAUCUUUUGCCCAAUGAGACUAAAA